AUGUCGCUUUCCAAGGUCAAGCAUAUUGUGCUGGUCUUGUCGGGCAAAGGCGGCGUCGGAAAGUCGUCCGUCACGACUCAGCUCGCCCUAUCGCUUUCUUUGGCGGGCUUCUCUGUCGGCGUUCUCGAUGUCGACCUCACAGGCCCUUCCAUCCCGCGCAUGCUUUCUACUGAAGCCUCCAAGGUCACCCAGGCACCCGGCGGCUGGCUUCCCGUACCCGUCCACGAUGCCGUCGAAGAAAAGGGCAUCGGCCCGUUCCGUGCAAUGAGUCUCGGAUUCCUUCUUCCUCGGCGCGGCGACGCUGUCGUCUGGCGCGGUCCCAAAAAGACGGCCAUGGUCCGGCAAUUCCUCUCGGACGUCCUCUGGGAUGAGACCGACUACCUCCUCAUCGACACCCCUCCCGGCACCAGUGACGAGCACAUUUCUCUCGCAGAGACUCUCAUGCGCGAUGCUCGACCUGGCCAGGUGGCGGGCGCGGUGGUCGUCACAACCCCUCAAGCCGUCGCAACCGCCGACGUCAAGAAGGAGCUCAACUUUUGCGUCAAGACUGGCCUUAAAGUGCUCGGCGUCAUCGAGAACAUGAGCGGCUUCGUCUGCCCGCACUGCUCCGAGUGCACCAACAUCUUCAGCUCUGGGGGCGGAGAGGUCAUGGCUCAGGAGUUCUCGGUGCCUUUCCUUGGAACCGUCCCCAUCGAUCCUCAGUUUGGUGAGCUUGUCGAGUCGGGCAAGAGACCGCAGUACCCCCAAGGUACCCAAGUCAACGGUCAGGACCUCAGCCAGUCCAAUAUGCAGUCAGGCGAUACUCUCGUUGAGAAAUAUCAGGACUGUUCACUCUCAGGUAUCUUCAAGGAAAUUACGACCAAGUUGACAACGACCGUCGAAAGUCAGGCCCAGUCAUGA